AUGGCCGCGAUGAGCUUCAGGAUAAGGGCGCUCCUGCCGCUAUGGCUGCUUGCGGGACAAGUGUCGUGCGGCUCAAUGGCAGCGUGGUGGACAGACCUGGGCCCGAGCCUGUUGGUCCAGGACGAGGAGAGCGGCAACAUCCGAUAUAGUCUCUGCAACAGCCAGGACACGCCUAUACUACCCGAGGACAAGACCAUCACUGCUCCUCUCUUCAAGUACAAACCAAAAAAUGGCACGGCCUUGGCCGGAACUGGCUGGUGGGACCAUCAGCAGACUUGGGCCUCGAUAUUCUACCAAGACGAGGGUGAUGAUAUCAUCAACUCACUACUGAAGUGCGACACGAACACUGGGUACUGGCUCAACACGGGCGACUGGAUCGUCUCGGACGGGGCGCCGUCAAUCUCCAACAGCACGGGGCUCGCCGCCGUGCUGCUCGGGUCUAAUGACGGAUACCGUGUCUACUACCAUGACACCAACAACACUCUCUGCCAGCUCGGCUACACCUCAGACACCGAGUGGGACUACAAGGGCUCUGUCUCGCACGACGGCAAGCUGGGCAACGCCAUCGCCGCCGCCUGGUCCAAGAACAAGAACAUCACGGUGGCGACGCCCAAGGACGGCGAGAACAUCGAGGUCAGCCGCUUCUUCGACGACAACCUGUGGCACGUGACGACCUUCCCGCGCCCGCUGUCGGGCAACCUGACCACCAACGCCACCAAUGCGACCAACAUCAGCCUGAACGCGACCUCGACGCUGAACUUCACGCUGCCGGCCUGGGACGGGGCCCCGGGCGCCCUGGGCUUGGGCAUCGACAAGGCCGCGACGCGCAGCCUGUUCUACAUCGGCACCGACGCCGAGCUGUACCAGCUGGCCCAGGUCGACGGGCAGUGGCGGGCGUACGCGCGGGAGAACGCGACGCAGUGGCCGCGCGCCGACGCCGCCAAGGCCCCGCUGGCCGUGGCCUACGACCCGCAGAGCUCGAGCCUGCGCGUCUUCUACCAGAGCGGGGGCCAGGUCGUGCAGCUGCACGGCGACGGCGGGUCGUGGGCCGCGGCGGCGGUGCUGCCCAACGCCAACUCGACGGCGGCGAAGCCGACCCCGAGCUCCAGCGCCAGCGCCGAUGCCUCGAGCACGGCUGGUGCCGCCGGCGGCCUGUCGACGGGCGCCAAGGCUGGCGUGGGCGUGGGUGUGAGCCUCGGCGUUGUCGCCGUUGGCGGCAUGAUCGGGGCCCUCUUCCUGCUGCGCAAGCGCCAGCAGCGCCGGGAUGCGGCGGCCGAGGCGGCGACCAUGGGCGGGGGCAGCACCGUGGGUGGCUCGACUAUGGUGCAGACGCCGGUGCCGGCCUACUCGCCGCUCUCCGGGCACCUGGACCAUGCGUCGCAGCAGAACGGGGGCUACGGGCACGGGGGAUACGAUGCACAUGGCAACUGGACAUAUAAGCCGGUGGAGAAGCCGCCGGGCGAGCUGGAUAGCUACGCGCCUGCGGUACAUGAGAUGCCGGAGACCCGUAUGCACCAUGAGAUGAUCGGCGAGGGCCACUACAGAGAGGCGCCGUGA